AUGGCCGACAUUACCGACCAACACGACCAGACCUCGCCGACCGAGCUCGACGACAGCCACGUCGGCAAUGGCAAUUCCGCGCCUGGUGAGAGUCGCGGCAUCAAGCGUCAACGCAAUAGCAUCGCCGAAGACGAUGAUGACGACGAUGAGAAGGGUGGCCGCGAGCGCCGCAAAAUCGAGAUUAAGUUUAUUAGCGACAAGUCGCGUCGCCACAUCACCUUCUCCAAGCGCAAGGCCGGAAUCAUGAAGAAGGCAUACGAGCUAUCGGUACUCACUGGCACGCAAGUCCUGCUACUCGUCGUGUCGGAGACUGGACUCGUCUACACCUUCACUACUCCCAAGUUGCAACCUCUGGUCACCAAGGCAGAGGGCAAGAAUCUGAUCCAGGCUUGCUUGAACGCGCCCGAGCCGAACCCGGGUAACGAGAACGGCGUGGACGAUUCGAACCAAGUCGAGUCACCCGAAGAGCCGCCCAACUCCCACCUACCCCCGCAGAGCAGCCGAUCAGGCAUGCCUCAGAACCCUCACAUGCCUCCCAACUAUAUGGCCAACGUCCCGAUGGACCCUCAACAGGCGCUGGCUUACCAGGGCUACGUGCAACGCGGCGCACCCCAAUACAUGCCUCAGUCCGGUAUGCCGCAGCACACCUCACACCAAUCGUGA